UGUGAAGUGGAGCACAGGAUGCAGUGUUAACACCACCCUGUGUCUCGCAGAAGAAGCCCGGCUGCCAGACCCUCAGCAGUAGACACAUGGCGGCAUUAGGGAACCCCGAGAUGUUAACCAGGAAGAUUAAACUGUGGGACAUCAAUGCCCACAUCACCUGUCGUCUGUGUGAGGGGUACCUGAUCGACGCCACCACGGUCACUGAGUGCUUACACACCUUCUGCAGGAGCUGUUUGGUGAAGUACCUAGAAGAGAACAACACGUGUCCCACAUGUCGGAUUGUCAUUCACCAGAGCCAUCCGCUGCAGUACAUAGGCCAUGACCGAACAAUGCAAGAUAUUGUCUAUAAGUUGGUGCCAGGACUGCAAGAAGCGGAGAUGAAAAAACAGAGAGAAUUUUAUCAGAAGUUGGGCAUGGAGGUGCCUGGAGACAUCAAAGGAGAGCUGUGUAACAUGAAAACCCCCCUGGACUUACAGCGCAAUGGGGACCUGAAAUCAGAAGAUCCAGCCAAUAAGGAAGCAGGAGACGAGAAAGCAGAGGAGGACAAUGACUACCAUCGCAGUGAUGAGCAGGUGAGUAUCUGUCUGGAGUGUAACAGCAGUAAGCUCAGAGGACUCAAGCGGAAGUGGAUUCGUUGUUCGGCUCAGGCGACGGUUCUCCACCUCAAGAAGUUCAUCGCGAAGAAGCUAAACCUGACAUCUUUCAAUGAGCUGGACAUCUUAUGCAAUGAAGAAAUCUUGGGCAAGGACCAUACUUUGAAAUUUGUUGUGGUAACAAGAUGGAGAUUUAAGAAAUCCCCCCUCCUCCUUCAUUACAGACCCAAAAUGGAUCUGCUGUAGUUGGACAAAAACGCUUGGUUGUUUUGGCCCAGUGGCUGAGGACUGUGCUACGUGCUAUAUAUGCAGAGGCCAUCAAUGCCCACACCAAACAAACACCCGUCAACACCGAUACGAGCCAGCAAACAACAAAACCAGCACAGCCACGGCAACACUGGCGACUUUUGGGAACAACCGCUUUUCUCUGUUUGUUCGUCCGCUAUAUGUCCUAUAUAUGUGAAAAAUUGAGAGAAAGCAUAUAUUUAUACUUUUGUAUAGAUGAGUGGAACCAAGACCCUAUUGGUGCGCUGUUUACACUAUUAAAACAAAAAAAGACAAAAAAAAAGGUCAUGAGAAAAGGUUUAACAUUUUUUGUACCAUUGAACUUUUUUCCCAAUUCAAUUAUGGGCAAAAAGAUGGUGCUCGGUGUCUGCCGUCCUCCGUGGAAGUGUCCACUUUUACACUGCUAACCAGAAGAGAGAAGGCAUUUCAAACUGGCCGCUCUCUCUCAGGUCCUACCUAACACUUCUCGGGAGCGCAGAGCCUUUCUAAACUUAUAUAAAGCAGUUUAUAUGAGUGUAUUAUUUCAGAGCGGUUUCUUUCUUUACUUUUCGGCGUCGCUACGAGUGGAAUUGUGAAUAGGCAAAUUUAUGUGUAGUAUUUAUGUUCUAUUUACCAAUAUUGUAUAUAAAAGUUGUUGGUGGUGAGAAGGGAUGAAAGAUGUAAUGAAAGUGUGUGUGAAAGACUAAAAGGCAAGAAAAAUAGAGGCCGAUUAGAGUGGUUUUCCAAAAGUGCUAUAUUUUGGCCUGUGUUUAUGUGGCUACAUGGAAAAGACAUAAAUAUUCAGCUAAAUUCAAGGCAGAUUCCAAAUUGGUUGAAUCUCACUAAAUAUUUUUCACCCCAAAAUCAAAAGAAAAAAAAAAGAAAUUGUAUUUUGCCUAAAGGAAAUGAAGCUUGGGACUACUAAGAUUUGUUUUUGCCAUUAUUUUCAGGACAAUUACGCAAAUCCCCUGCCCGAAUUCAGACAUUAUCAUAAUGCAUCUGUAUGUUUUAUGUUUUUGUGAUUU